AUGCGUAAAUUCGUCGUCGAUGAUGACACAACCACAAGCAUCUCCGACUUGAACUACCUAACCGAGGUGACCCUGUCGGAGGUGAUUCGAUUGAAGCGGGACGCUCAACGCCUGGUGGAGAGGGUCACAGCUCUGGGUGUCGAUCAGACCCUCCUAGCGAAGACGUUCGCUGUCCUCGACCUUAACGCCGCCGACAAGCCCGCCAACGCCAUCGACGUCCGCCAACUUGAGGCGGCGCUGCAGCAGCAGCAACCGGCUCCUGUGCAGUCGCCGCCCACGAAGGCUAUCUCAGCUCCUCAACCAGAAGCGGGUGUCGGUGAUGCGGUGGACAAGACGCCUGAACCUCUGUCCGAGGUCCACAAACCACCCACGGUUGUCCAGCCGCCUCAGCCAUCGCCCGAUCCCUCCGAGAAACAACCGCCAAUCGUCAACGGCAAAGCCAAGAACCUCAAAGCGCCGGUGCAGCUGCCAACAAUUCCAGAACCCGUGGCUGAGAAGUCGACAGGCAAGAAGAAGAGCAAGGCAAAGAAGACCAAGCCCGCAGCAGUUGAGGAAAAGACAUCUGCCCCUCCGACUCCCAUGGUGGUGCCUGAAUCCGAAAACAAUGGUGAUACUGCACCAUCGGUGGAGGUGUUGGAACCGCCUACCUCGGCCGUAUCUGCGACAUCGCCGCCCUCCCAGCAACAAGAAAAGAAGACGAAGAAAAAAAAGAAGUCCAAGCCCACAGCAGCAGAUCUUCAACAACAGGCCUGGGAACAGGAGGAGCAGCGUCGGAGACGUCUGAACGCCGAACGGAUCGCGCGGGAGAAGGCCGAAGCGGAAGCCGCGGCCGCCGCUGCUGCCACGGCGGAGGAGGAAGUCGAAAAGCCGACGGUGAAGCUCACGGCGGCAGCCAAGCGCCAGCAGCAGGAGGCGCUGCUGUUGCAGCAGCAGCGGAAGGCUCGUGAGGCGGCUAUGAAACAGGCUGCGGAGAGCCUCGCGCAUCUGAAGCUGCCGGAGACCGCGCGCUGGGCCUCCACCAACGUCAGCGCCAGCAACAACCCCCCCGCCUCCCUGGCCGACAUCAUGGCCUCGCAGAUGCAAGAAGAGGAGAUCGCCAGGGCUCAGGGUUGGGGCAAGCAAGGCGCGACGUUUGCCUCCAAGCUGGCUGGCACCGCCUCACCAGCUGCGCCGGCCCACCACGUCACCACGAAACUCGUGACCGUCCAGCCGCAGUCUGCGUCGGGCAAGCCUAAGGCGACGCCGCCGACCACAGCGUCGCCGGUCGUGUCGCAGCGAUCAGCACAAUCAAAGCAGUCAACGAAGGUCGCGACCCAGCCGACCUCCGUUCCACCCGUGAACCCACCCUCCACCGCCUCCUCCACGAAGACAUCCGUUCUGUCGAUUUGGGAUCUGCCCUCGAAUCCGAAUAUCACUCUUCAGACAGCCGCCACCACCUCGACGAAGAAGUCUAAUAGGAAGAAGAAGCCCAAUGCCAGCUCCCAGCUCCUGACUGGCCCCCUGAUCACUCUGCCACCGAAGGCGAAGUCAGAGCUGGUCAAGUGGUCGGAGAAUCAGCUGGCCGUGUUCCCGCGUCACAACGUCGACAUUCCCACCCUGGUUGGCCUCCUCUGCGACAUCGAGGACGCCGAGGAUGUGAGUUCCUCUGCCGCCCCCUACCCCCCCUUCCAAUGCUUGGUUUACCCCUGGGUCGCUUUGCUGGUUGCGAUGUUAGUUCUUGAGUGCAUUGAGUCGUCAUUCGGGAAGUCCCAACGCGUCUCCAAGUUUUCCAAGGCCUUUGUUGAGAAACGGGCCAACCUCAUGGGAGCCACAGCCUAA